UUGUUGUUUUUUUACAUAAGAUGUAGUUUACAUUCCACUAUAUUCUUUGUUCUACUAGUUUUUAAACAACUCUCAUCGAUUCAGAAAAUGAGGGGAAACUAGUAUAAUAUGGAGGCCAUCAUAAAUAAUAUAGCUGAGACACAACCAGGCACAGAUUUGGAUAAACCAACUUCUCCAGUGGCUGUUAUCCAAGAACUGGGGAAAAGUAGAAGCCUAAAACCAGUUUUUCAGAUCAUCAAAGAAGAAGGCCCUCCACAUGAAACAAAUUAUGAAGUGAUGUUAACUCUUGGCAAUUAUACAUGGCAAGGUGAAGGUAGAAGUGUCAAGAAAGCACAGUUUGACGCGUCUAGAAAAGCGCUGGAAGAACUCGGUUAUCCUUUACCGAGGAGAUCAACAAAGAAAACCAAAAUCGCUAAUCCGGCUUCAUUAACACCGACUGUGAUAUUGAAUGGACUUGCGAUGGCUAGGGGUGAAACAGUCAAGUACGCAGUUGUUAAGACAACACCUUUGCCUUGCCAGCCUAUAUAUAACAAAACAACUAAUUGGCAGCAACAUGAUCCGUUGAAUUGGGCACCCAAAAUGUAUUAUGGUGCUGAUUUGAAGCAACCUCAACCAUACAGCAAUGGAUCUUUCCAAACAGGAAUUGAUUUUCAGAAAUAUAAUGGCAAACCUAUCAAACGUUGGAUCCAUCCCCAACUUUUUCGUGUCGAGGUAAUUGUGGGCGAACGAUCAUUUUUUGGAGAGGGCAAAACACAGCAGGCGGCACGACAUGAUGCUGCACAGCAUGCACUUGAUGUUUUACAGACGAUGCCAGUUCCCAUAAAAGAAAAGAAAUCUGCGGAUACAAAAAAUGGAGAAAAUAGUGAUAAUGGAACUAAAAUAGCUUUGGAAAAAUCUCCAAUAAGUCUGCUAUAUGAAAAAGCUUCAAACCAUGGUUUAAAAGUAGAUUUCACUGUGACAUCAGAAGAAGGGCCACCGCACUUGAAGCUUUUCACCAUGAAUAUAAAAGUUUUCAAGUCCUCAGAUGAGAUAGUUACUAUGGCGGAUGCGCAAGGACCAAAUAAACAUACAGCAAAGAAAAAGUCUGCAUCGGCUGCUCUAGAAAAACUUCAAAAUUUAUCUUUACCAGAAAAGAAAUCAAAAAAUUCCAGAAAUUCAAGAAGCAAUAUAAAAAAGGAUUCAGAGACAAAAAUUGCAGAUAUUCUUGUAUCGAAAUCCGCAAUGCAUCCAAUCAGUCGACUCACGCAAAUUUUACAGGCUAAGAAAGAAUCUUUACCAGUCUACUCUAUCGUGUCAUUCACGAAAGACAAUCAUUUGACAUACUUUUGCAUUAAAUGUGCUGUAGGCAGUCAUGAAGCAACUGGUGACGGUAAAAGUAAAAAAGAAGCAAAACGAAAUGCUUCAGAAAACAUGCUGAAACUUUUAGGAUUUGAUAUCCGAGAACAAACUGAAUCCAUAAUUAAAGUAGAUUCUGUUCAAAAGAACGGACCAAAACUCACUAUUGCUCAACAAAGAAAACUUAAAAAUAAGCCAACUGAGCCUGAAAUACUACCAACCUUACCUGAGUGAAACAUAAAACUUUGAAACAGACAUCUUGAGUAGGUGUUGGUUUUACCCUGGCCCUUAUCUCCCGAAAAAUUGUUAUAACGAACCAUGCUGCUUAUUUUUAGUCUUUUAUUGCAUUCACAAACUGGUUUAUAUAUUUAUUUCAAAAUAUUUAACCACCGGUUAUUGAAAAAGUACUGGUCGCAAUUCUGGAUACAAAACUAAAAAUAGCUUGUAAAACAGAAAAAUGAAAUCUGUCUGU